GCAUGACUUCCAAAGAGGAGGGCAAGGCGGCCUCGGCCGAGGAGCGCCGGAGGAGCCCGCUGGACCACCUGCCCCCGCCGGCCAACUCCAACAAGCCCCUGACGCCCUUCAGCAUCGAGGACAUCCUCAACAAGCCCUCGGUGCGGAGAAGUUACGCCAUCUGCGGGGCUGCCCACCUGCUGGCCGCCGCCGAGAAGCACCCGCCGGCCUCCCUGCCCCUCUCCAGCCGGGCGCUGCUCUCCCAGACCUCGCCGCUCUGCGCCCUCGAGGAGCUGGCCAGCAAGACCUUCAAGGGCUUGGAAGUCAGCGUUCUGCAAGCAGCCGAAGGAAGGGAUGGGAUGACAAUAUUUGGCCAGAGACAGACCCCCAAGAAAAGGAGGAAGUCUAGAACAGCCUUUACAAACCACCAGAUCUACGAACUGGAAAAAAGGUUUCUGUAUCAGAAAUAUUUGUCCCCCGCUGACCGAGACCAGAUCGCCCAGCAGCUGGGCCUGACCAAUGCCCAAGUGAUCACCUGGUUUCAGAACCGCAGGGCCAAGCUCAAGCGGGACCUGGAGGAGAUGAAAGCAGACGUGGAGUCUGCCAAGAAACUCGGACCCACCGGCGGCCAGGUGGACCUGGUCCCCAUCUCCGAGCUGGAGGCCGCCCCCGAAGGGAGAGCCAAGUCCCGCUCCCUUUCGCCCGCCUUGUCCAAGCACGGACUGGACGGCAGCGGCCGCCUCCAGCUUUCCCCGGCCUCCCCUCUCACGGACCAGCCGGGCAGCAGCAAGGAUUGCUCGGAAGACGAAGACGUGGAGAUUGACGUGGAUGACUGAGCGG